AUGGACUUUAUGGAAUUAGAGCGUGAAAGAGGUAUAACAAUAUAAAGUGCAGCCACGCAUCUAAAAUGGAAAGAUACUAAUAUAAAUAUCAUGGAUACUCCUGGUCACGUAGACCUUACUAUAGAAGUAGAGAGAGCUCUUCGUGUAUUAGAUGGAGGAGUAUUAUUAAUAUGUGGAGUUGCAGGUGUAUAGCCUUAAACGUUGACUGUAUUUAAAUAAAUGCAGCGUUACUCAGUUCCUCGUGUAAUAUUUAUAAACAAACUUGAUAGAAUGGGUGCUAAUCCAUUUGCAGCUGUAGAUAUGAUAAGAAAACGUUUAAAAUACAUGCCGCAGCUGUCUAAAUACCUAUAGGAAUUGAUCAAAGCCUAAAGGGAUGUAUUGACUUAAUUUGAUGAAGGCACAUCUUUUUUAAGGCGAAAAGGGUGA